AUUGCCAAAAUAGUGCCUCUGGGUCAACGACACGCUUUUCACACUGGUUAAACAUGCAGUGAAUGGCUAUACACGGGCCGUUUAGAUAAUACAGUCUGCAGUAGUUAGCGAAGUUUUAGAUAAUUUUGCUCUUUUGGACCAUUGAACAACAAAUGUUGAUCUAGAAUUCAGAUGAUGAUGGUGUUAUUACAAGUUGUCAGAUCUUGGAUUUUACUGGUGAUAAUAUUUACGGCAGUGUGUGUAAGAUGUUCGAAUAAGGACUUUAGCAGCGACCAGUAUGACACGCGCUCAAUAGCACACCUGGGAUAUUUACCUGUUGCUUUGCAAGAUGACAGUCAAACGCAGAAAGAAAAUGACCUAUCUCUAGAAUUGGAAAAGCUGGAAGAAAUCCUUCAUGUACCUCAUUACGACAAACUGGUUAAUCUUGAUUUAUUUUUUAAUUCCAAGAUUUCCGUUAUUUUGGAGGAUGGGGAACCAGGUAGCCCUCUUUCUUUUUCAUUGGAGACUGAAAAGAACCAGUUUGGGAUACCCCAAGUGGGGUCACUCUCCAUGUACCAGAUCAGUAGUUUCCAUAACGAGGAUACCCUGAAUGUCACUGUACAUGUGACUGAUUCCCCAUCGUGGAGUCCAGCUAUGGGGGUGUGGACAUUGUGUGCCGGGUCUCUGGUAGCAGUAUUCAUCCUGUACCUGGUAACCCUUCUGCCUGAAUGCAGUGUAACUUCUGAAGGUGAAGUGGUUGGAAGUUGGACCAGAAUCUUUAAGUGUAUGUGGAGGAUAAGUGCAGACCUAGGACCACAGUCUAAUGAUGUAGUCUCUCCGACAGACAAUGAACCCGGGACUCCUGGCACCUCCAGUCUGCCUAAUGAACAGACCAGUCAAACCACCAUGACAGAGAGACAAACAGUCAGGGAAAAGCUGAUAAAAGUUUGGUUUGGCCUGGAGUCCAGCAGGAGGAGAUGGCAAUCUUUACCCACUCCCAUGAUGAUCUGUAUAGGGGUGGUGAUGAUGGCGGCAGUCGCAUGCGCUGUCUCUUCUUUUUCCUACAAUUAUUACCUUAGAGUCGCAGUCCCACCAGAGACACACAUACGUAGAAUUCGAUCAUAUAGUGAAAACCCAUCUAUUUCUGCAAUCUCCAUCAAUAGUAACAGCAUGGCGUUGGUUACCAGAGUACACAUCAUGGAUGUGAAAGCCAUGUGCAAGAGUGACCCAACAAGAUGCGAGACGUAUGCUAUAUGUGACACGGUGCAAGGUGCUCUGAACUGUCGGUGUAAAAGAGGCUACUUUGUGAAAAAUAGGGAAUGUUCAGCCUGCUCAACUUCAUGCCAAGAUGGUUAUUACAUGACCCAUCAAUGUUCAGCUCAUCAGGACCUUGUUUGUCGAGAGUGUACCACGUGCAAGGGUGCCACUUAUGAAGCAGCCCAAUGUUCAAGCACUCAGGACACCAUAUGUAUAGAUGUGAAUUUCCCAAUGGGCAAUAUCAGAUGGGAAGCCAUGAUCCGGGAACCCAGGAACUCCACCUCUGUAUCCAUCUCUGCCUCCGACAAUGUGUUUAUGGAAUCUCUGGACAAUGUGCGUGACCUGGAGACCAUACUCCCCCUCAAUAGUAAUCAGAUACAGAUGCAGUUCCCCUUUGUCCGGAAGACCUCUGGUCUGGAGGUCAACAUCAAAGUGUCUCAGACCUACCUCAUCCCAGAGUAUGUGGAUCUGGAUCAUGAAGAUGAUGCCCCAUUCUUCUUCCGUAACAUGUACAAGACGCACAAGAUGAAGAGGAGAAUGAGAUUUCUGCAAAGCAAUUACUGCAGGGACAUGGUGCCAGAUCAUUACAAGAUGAUAUUGGACAUUGUACCUGACCAGUACACAGUGGCCAGCAUGGACACUUGUCAUCCCACUGAGAAAGAGCCCUGCCCUGAGGGAUUUAAGGAGGGGGACUCAUACCUCAACAGAAAUCUCUACAUCAAGUGUCCAUAUUCUGAUGGAAAGGCAGCAAAUUUCACUCAGCUGUUUCAAGACAACAACUUGAUGUACUGCUCCCUUCCCAACUCUCUGCUGACAGAGACAUUUGGAUUGGAGGAAUCUAAAAUGAAAACCAUAAACUUCCCCACUCAGGACUGCAAACAGAGCAUGGACCUGUGUCAGAAGUGUAUUCAACAGUGUCAACAUUCAUCGGCUCCUGCAGAAAACAUUCCGUGUUGCAGAGUGACAUGUUUCAGUGAAUUGGCUUGUCAAAGGGCAUUCAGUGAGGCAUGUCCACAGAGACCAGUAGAGUGUGCAAGAGGAGACAUUUACAGGUACGGCAUUGAGCCUGUCUUUGACACUCUGGAAAAGAAAUACAUGUGUCACCUGAAAUACAAACAACCCAGUCACUUGUACAAAGUCAGCUACACGGUGAGACUGCCCGGUAUCCAGCACACCUUUAAGACACGCUACUUCUCACCCGAGGUAACAGACAAAGAUUUCCAUCAGAAGGGGAGAUCCAGUCGAGACUUCCUCUACGCUCAGCAUGACACUCAUGCCAAAAUUCACGAUGAAGUCAUUCUGACGGGCACCAACUUCAAAAACGACACUCCUUCUCGUUUCUACAUGCAGCCACUGAAAGCACCUGAACAAUUCAACACCAGAAAAAAUUUCAGGGUUCGCCCUCAUAGGUCAGAAACUUGGCAAAGUAAUGUAUAUUCCACCACUGUGCAGUUUGAGCGUCCCUUUUUGUACAGCACCAUCACCUGGAACAGGGGAGGAUGCAAUGCCAAAAAUUUCUCCCAGAUCUACCCUCAGCAGCCUCUCCACAUUGCAGAGAAAACCAUGAUUGAUCCGACCAUCAAUCACGUGGAUGGCAAAUUUGAAUAUCAAGCCACACCCUUAAAAAAGUUUGCUCACAUUAGAAUUGGAAUUAAAGGGGACAAGUCAAUCCUUUCAACUUUUGAGGAGGACAUUGGUCCAACUAUCAUCAAUUCAAGCAGCCUGAAAGGCAGUCUGGAAUGGCUGCACAAUACACGAAGUUGGAACAUCUCAGUUGAUGGUACCUUAAUGAAAUGCCCGGGUUACCUGACCAUGGAUGUGUAUGACCAGUUUAUGGAAUCAUAUUUUGGAAAGUUUGACAUUUUUGUGAAAUGUCCAAACCCCCAUUUCUCUUUCAACUUCCUUUUACCAAGAUCCAGAAGUGACACUCCCAAUGUGUUUGCCGUGUUCGUUAACGACACGAGGGCCUCGCAUAAAAUCCUCCUGACCAUGUUGAUCAACCCAACAGAGAUACCCGUCACUACAGAGCUGGUUGUCAGGGAAUCUGUCAUCAACCAUUUUCCAUGGAUGCCAAUCAUUGUCAUUUUGAUAUUUUUUGGAAUUCUGGUGACCGUAUUGGUAAUUGCAGCCUUCUUCAUCUCUAAAAUCAGACGAGUUACAACCAAUGAUGUUUUCAAGUAUGCAGGAGUGACUUUUUUGAAGGAUGAUGAGAGGCCAAAACAAGAGGAUGGAUCAAGGCCAAUCAAAACUCCCAUCUCCCGCCGCGUCACAUGUUGUCUGGUUACGCUUUAUGUUGUUUAUGCCUUCAUGUUUACUUUCUCCGUUUUAUUAGGAGUGUUUUAUAUUGUGCAAGGGCCGCUCAUCGGAAACUUAACCAUAGUCUCAAAUACCAGUGCUAAAAUUCACCAGGCUGUUCAGCUCAGGUUUCAGAAUAUGCAGGACUUUGAGAUUUCUGAGAUAUCUCACAUGUAUAAUCAGACUCAGGAUCGUCUCAGAGCUUGCUCUUGCCACAAUCUUCAAGAGAUUCAGAAAAUUGCCAAACAGAUGCAAGAACAGUUGGAUAUAUUCAUAAAACAUUUCUAUUCAAAAAACAAAACAAUUGAGAGUAUUCUGACAAUCACUUUGGAAGAAAAAUCCCAAGCUCUGGAAGAAGAACUUUCUGUGUUCUUAAAGAAAUAUAACAAAACAUUACAGAAUGAAUUUAGAAGUGUUCUAUCCAAGUAUCAUCAGUUUUUGAAAGAUCUGAUGAGUAAUGAUUGGUUGAAAUUUCCAGAGCAGCUUUUCAUUGCUCAGAAGGAUGUGAUUGACAGUAAGCGGGAUAGGGACCACCUUCUAGGGUUUAUGAACUGGCUGGAGAUAAACCAAGUCGAAGAGACGCUACAUAUUACAGAUGACAUCAUGAAAACGUUGUCAGCUUCACUUCCAACUUUGAAUUCCAAUGUGAAACUUUCUCUAUCAGACAAUGAUUUGCUGAUGAACUCUAUAGAAGAACUGACCAGUCAGUUGACAUCUUACCACUUUCACAUUCUUGAAAAUGAAUUAAACUUUUUACCACUAGCGGCACCUCAUCAUAACUCCUCCUCCUAUCGGGCUAGGAGAGACUCGCACAGCUCCACAGCCUCGCUGAUCGAGCAAAUGAAGCUGAUUCUGUUUCCUGUGUUCAUUUGUGUGUUCCUGUCAAUGGAUGUGCUUCUUCUGCUUUACCGCUUCACUUGGUUGAAGCAAAUGUUCAGGAAAGCAAGGUUGGGUGUUGAGGAAAAGGUGGCAAUGGAUUCUGUUGCAGGAAGAAUUUAUUUCAUUUUGACUGGUAUUGAUGCAGAAAAGAGGGAGAGUCCUAGAGAAAGACAUUUUAGCUACAGUGACAGUAAAGAUCCGUAUGAGAGGAAAAAUGAUCUACUGCAGUAUUUCCAAGGUUCCCCUAAAGGCAAGGAACAGAUGCUGCAGCAGAUUUACUCACAAAAGCGUCGGGACAGGCAUAGAACUUUGCCUGUUGUGCAAGAAAAAGCCAAAUCCAAAUCCAAUGUAAUGCUGGUGAAAAUAGCUAGCUUUGUAUAUAAGCACCUUAUAUCUCCAUUGGUGUGGAGAAUUGUACUUGUAGGUGCUUUUAUUUUAAUUAUUUCACUAGUUACUAUGACAACCAAUAACCUUGUUACCCUAGAGACAGCUACUUUCCUGAUGGAUACCAAAUCCAUUCUCCCUCAGCUCCACAGGCAAAUAGAAAUUUCUAAUACACUGCUGAGUGACUUUGCUGUGUUUAGUAAUGAAAUGUUGAGCGAAUUUCAGACAAAAACAUUCUGGGAAGUCAAUGAUAUCAACUCCUUAUUAGGGCAAACUGUACAGAAACAUACCUCAAUUGUCCAAAAUCUUGUUCAAGAUUUGUGUUCCAUAGAAAAUGCAUCACCAUGUCUCCAGACACAACCCACAUUGUCUCUUCUAGAAUCUCAACAAAGCUGUAACUUCAUGCCAAUUCACCCACAGUAUCUCCAAGAAUUUCAAGAUGCCACCUUCAUGGAGUAUCUCCACACCGAGUUGCUGCCCUUGGUAGUAACUCUUCGACAGAUCUUGUUCAACACUUGUUACAUCUUAUUUGGAUUUGCUUGCCUCAUGCUUAUCAGUCAGAUCUUCAUCCGAGUCAUCAUCUUUUAUCUCCUGAAGACAAAUCGUCUACCUAAAGUCACUAGGUACCUUGUGUCAAAUGCCAAUGAGUGCUGGAAGGCCAGUCCCAUGAGUCCCCACAGUAGUGUUUACCGCAGCCAUUCCUUGAUUGAGAGCUGUGAAAGUGGAGUUGUAGGAGACAUUGAUGAUCAUUACCGAGAUCCCACUACACUCCACCCCACCACACAACCUCAUCAUUAACAUUACUACCAUAGAACCAUGUUGGUACUGGAUGGUAAAAUCUACACGUUCUAGACCCACUGCCUUGAAUUGUUCCUCAUAUUAAAGGUCCAAAAUUCUGAAACUGUCCACAAAUCCUCUUAUAUAAACAUACGGAGAGACUUGAUUCUGAAAACAACAGAAAAAGAAUAAAAACUCUGCAGAAAUUUGCUAGGCUUUCCUCAUCGUCUAUAUACUUGAAUCUUGGUGCCACGAUUUUGGUAGCUUUACUUGUAGCUCCUCAGGUUAGGACUUGGACAACUCUUCAGAUCUUGUCUGUACUAUUCUGAAAAUCUGAUUUUGCUAUUGCACAAUGCAUUUUUGAUAUAUGCAUCCUGCUUUUUUUUCAAAUGGUGAAUUUGAAGCACUGAUUUUCAUCAAAUGUCGGAGAUUCUUUGUUAAAUAAACUGUCAUUUAAAAGUGUUUACAUUCCGUUUACCUGCUUUGAACAACAGCUAGUACUCUCUACGAAGCACUUGUCCAUGGUUUAUUGGAUACAGUGCUGAAAGCCUUGUGUGUAACAAUACUUAAUGGAGACUGCAUUCGCUCGUAAUCAUUGUCGAAAUAUGUUCAACACAUUACAAUGUAAUCAUGUUAUUUAUGAAUAUUAUUUGAUUGUUGUUUUUGCAUUCUGUUGCAAAUUGUUGUUAGUGAUACUUAAACUACUGUUGCAAAAAUAAAUGUGUCACGUGUGAAA